GGGCGUGGCAUAGGGGGAAGAAGCGGAGUCGAUGCUUAUAAAGCCUAGCUACCUUGUCCUAUUCAGUCACCUGUGCGCUAUUACACUUAACUGCUGGAGAACAGAGCAUACGGCAGGACAAAAUACGAAUUAUCGCUACAUCGGAAGGACUGACGCAGGAAGAGACACAUAUCUACUGUCGCUAAAGAAGCAGGCUCACAGUCAAAUCCUCAACUUGUGGAUUGAUGUUGUCAGUAGCUACAAUAUAGCGUAAUGGGAAUGGAAUGUAAAUUCUAGGCUAUACUAGACUGGAGGCCUGCAGCAUCCUCCUUUAAACCGGGAGCGUCCUCAUUCCUGGUAGAUUCUCCCCCGAACGCACACCCCUAGUGCAUUUGACCAGACGGUGGAUACUACAGCGUCCAUGCAGACAGCAAACCAAAGGAUAGUGUUUUUAUUGCCCUUCUGUUACUUUAAACUUUGAUUUUUGCAGGGUUUGAAAGGAGUUUUUCAUCAGUUUUGAGCGAGUAAUUCUGUUUAGCACUCGCAAUGAGUAUGGGUACUGGUGUCAUGGAGGCAGCGGACAUAGCUGUGGUGGCUCUGUACUUCAUCCUGGUGCUGGGCAUCGGGUUCUUUGCCAUGUGGAAGGCCAACCGCAGCACGGUGAGUGGAUACUUCCUGGCAGGACGCUCCAUGACAUGGGUGGUGAUCGGAGCGUCGCUGUUUGUCAGUAACAUUGGCAGUGAACACUUCAUAGGCCUGGCGGGGUCGGGAGCAGCCAGCGGCUUUGCUGUGGGAGCAUGGGAGUUUAACGCUCUUCUCCUGCUGCAGCUGCUGGGCUGGGUGUUCAUUCCUGUGUAUAUCCACUCUGGGGUGUACACCAUGCCGGAGUACCUGUCCAAACGCUACGGAGGUAAUAGGCUAAAGGUGUACUUUGCUGCCCUUUCUGUGCUGCUCUAUAUCUUCACCAAGAUCUCUGUGGACUUAUACGCCGGUGCGCUUUUCAUCCAGGAGUCGUUGGGCUGGAACCUCUAUCUGUCCAUCAUCCUGCUCAUCAGUAUGACCGCAGUGCUUACAGUCACCGGUGGCCUGGUCGCAGUCAUGUACACGGACACCCUCCAGGCCGUGCUGAUGAUCGGUGGAGCUCUCAGCCUGACCGUCAUCAGCCUGAUCAAGGUCGGAGGUCUUGAAGGGGUUCGGACCAAGUACAUGUUAGCUGUCCCAAAUGUAACAGCUAUCCUGGCCAGUGGGAACUUCACCUACUCAGCUUCCUGCCGCAUAGAGCCCAAGCCAGAUUCCCUGCGGAUCCUCCGGGGCCCACUGGACGAGGAUAUCCCCUGGCCUGGCUUCCUUCUGGGCCAAACCCCAGCCUCCAUCUGGUACUGGUGUGCCGACCAGGUCAUCGUCCAGAGGGUGCUGGCUGCUAAGAACAUUGCCCAUGCCAAGGGUGCCACGCUGAUGGCUGGCUUCCUGAAGGUCCUGCCCAUGUUCAUUAUCGUCAUCCCCGGGAUGAUCUCACGGAUCCUGUUUGCGGAUGAGAUUGCCUGCAUCGGACCGGAGCACUGCCUGGCCGUUUGCGGCUCUAAGGCGGGUUGCUCCAAUAUCGCGUAUCCGCGACUGGUCAUGUCAGUGAUGCCCAUGGGACUGCGAGGGCUGAUGAUGGCUGUGAUGAUUGCAGCUCUCAUGAGUGAUCUGGACUCCAUCUUUAACAGUGCUAGCACCAUCUUCACCCUGGACAUCUACCAGAGCGCAAGGCGUAGUGCAUCCCAGAAAGAGCUACUGUUGGUGGGCCGGCUGUUCGUGGUGUUCAUGGUAGUCAUCAGUAUUGCCUGGAUCCCUGUCAUCAUCGAGAUGCAGGGCGGCCAGAUGUAUCUCUACAUACAGGAAGUAGCUGGAUACCUGACCCCGCCCAUCGCCGCCCUCUUCAUGCUGGGUGUGUUCUGGAAGCGUUGCAACGAAAGAGGUGCAUUCUGGGGCGGUAUGACCGGAUUCGUGCUGGGUACCACCCGGCUGAUUCUGGCGUUUAUUUAUCGCGAGCCUCCCUGUGACCAGCCAGACGACAGGCCUUUCUUCAUUACACAUGUCCACUACAUGUAUGUGGCUGCUGGGCUGUUCUGGGUAUCUGGACUGGUGGCUGUGGUCGUCAGUCUCUGCACCCCUCCUCCAGAUGAGGAGCAGAUUCGCACCACCACAUUAUGGGGCCUGCGUAACAUUGGAAAGCUUCCCCCCAAAGACCGUGAGGAGAUGUACAAGCUGACGGAUAAGAGCCCUGUGCAGUUAAAUGGGAAUGGAGGCCUCUAUAAGGAUCUGCCCCCAGACAUCUGUAGAGCUAGGUGUCUAGAUGGGGAGGACGUCACGUUGCUAACGCCGCCUAAUGACCAUGACCCCACGACCCCCAGCGACGGGACAACCCCGGCAACGACUCCAGCAACACCUGCCAACCAGUUUGAUAAUGGUCACGCAGGGCUCAUGCAUGCAGAGGAAGGUUGUUGUGGGGAGGGUGGGAGGGGCAUGCGUCUGUUGGAGUGGUUCUGUGGGUUUAAAGAAGCAGCAUACAAUGCCCAUCCCAAAAGGACAGAAGAGGACAAGAGAGCCGUCAUAGAGAUGUUGUACGAGCCACCCAGAACCAAACUGCUGCUCAACUGUGGGCUGUUUCUGGUCUGCUCGUUGGGAAUAUUCCUGUUUGUCUACUUCUCUCAAUAGAUUGGACCAAAUUAGGGGUUGUUGGGGAUUGUUUCAAAGACAGUUACAAUUUUCUGAGAUUUGAUGUGAAUCUGAAGAAUUUACAGUGCAGCUUCCUAAAAAUGAUUCACUGAGCUUUUUGAAAUCAUUCUUUCGAAAUGAUUGAAGCUUCUCCCCCUUGUCACAUUAAAAUAAUCAAACUCCAAAGCACUUUGUGGUAUCCUAAUAGUGUCCUUCAGAUUUUCCAUAUACUUCUAUGCUACUGUAUGAUUACUAGAUGCUUAUUAGCAUAUGUGAAUAAGACGUAUGAAUUUCUUGUUUAUUAGAGAUUAUUAGUCUGCUUCUGUGUUAUUCCAAAGCCCUUUUUUGUGUUUCUUUGUAGGGCAAUUUUAAGAAACCAGCUCAAGGCCUUAGUUAUAAUAUAUAAUACAGUGCCUAUGGAAAGUAUUCAGAUCCCUUGAAUUUUUCCACAUUUUGUUAGGUAACAAACAGCCUUAUUCUAAAAUGAAUGAAAUUAUUUUUUUCCUCAAUCUACACACAAUACCCC